CUGGGUUGUUAUGGAUGGGACUCCUGGGUGGGACUUGUUUGAAGUUCGGGUGAUAAUUCGGAUCAUACCACGAACCCAAAUCCCUAUGCCUGCAAUCCUUGUUUCUCUAUCAGCCAUUGUCAAUGUUUCCUCAACUCCUCCAUAGCACCCCAGCUAUAACAAGCAUCAGAUAUUUUACUCCCUCCAUCUACAAGCACCGACUCGCCCCGAACUCUCUGAAAAGACAAACCCCCCACCGACCCACUUUUCUAUGUGCAGAUAAAAGCAGUAACAUUGAAGGUUCGCAUGAAAACUGGAAACAAUUACUGGAAAAGUGGACACCAAAAAACGUUCUUGGAGCUGAGAAAGUGUUUAGACUCAUAUCUGGAGCAACCUCUAGCCCCAUUGCUCAGUACAUCUCUUCCCCUACCACUUUCUUGCACUCUACUGACCCCAGAAUCAAAUUGGCAUGGCUACUUACUCUAGUUAUUUUACCAGCAAGGUCGAAUACUGUUCUGCGUGUUGGUCUCAUUGUCUCCUUGGCUAUAUUAACUAUACAGAUCCAACCUAAUGAAGUAUGGCAGGACCAACUAGGAAGAGUUUCAAUACUGUGUGGGGUUUUGUUUAUAGUGUUAGCCCUGAGUACAGACUCUGCACCUUCCCUUGUAUAUUCAAGAACUCCUCCACCUUCAGUUACAGGGCUACCGAAAUUUCCAGCAUCUUUCGAAGGUUAUUCGUAUGUAGUUUUUAAAAUGGGACCACUGCAAAUUACCAGAAAGGGGUUAUUAACAGCAACCACAUCAGCAUGUUUAACCUUCACAAUCUUUCAAAGUGCAAGCCUUUACCUAUCAACUACAACUCCAGAGCAGAUAGCAUUUGCACUGCAGUGGUUUUUACGCCCAUUCGAUAAACUUGGUCUACCUGUGGCAGAAGUCAUCCUUACACUACUUCUCUCCUUGAGAUUUAUAAAUCUUGUUUUUGAUGAGGUUCGUAAUGUUGCUCUUGGGAUUGUAUCCCGAAGGAUAAAUUGGGGGCAGUUGACAACUUUAGAGACCAUUGAUGUAUUUGUCACAUACAUACGUAGGAUAUUCAAGAAUAUUUUCGCCCAUGCAGAGCAGAUAUCUCAGGCAAUGAUUGUGAGGGGGUUUCGUGGAGACAGCGAAGUGCACAAAGUCUUCUUGUCAGCAAAUUCAUCUACUACUUUUGUAAAUUGCAUUUCGUUAUUGUUACUUGUUGGUCUGAUCACUGCAAUCACUAUGCCGAAGCAUCUCUUUAUAUGACAUGCUAUCUUAGCCUUCAUAACUUGGCUAAAGUCCUAAGGAGUGUUUGGUUCGUGUCAUCUCAUUUUUUUGGCAACACACUGUAAUGGAGUUUCACAUUACCUAAGGAUGGACUUGAGGGAAUGAUAGAAAAAGUGAAGUAGGAAACCAUCAUUUGAGGUCUCACAAUUAUGUGCCGUGAUCCAAAUAAUAGCAUAGUAAAUUAUAAUAUGGAGUGUUCAUUUGGGUAAUGUGGGAUUAUUGAGCACAUAAAGUGUACAAAACACCUCUUGCUAUGGCCUAGUCCCCAUAGCUGUACUGCUGUACUUAGCUUAGUAACACUUGCAGCAUGCCUUUAUUUUGGUGUAUAAACAAUCCGAAUUCAUAUUCUUUAAAUCCCAUCACUAACUGAGUUCACAUUU